AUGUGGGGCCGUUCGUCUCUCCCUGCCAUCCCGCCGUCGUCUCUCCCUCUAACCCGCCAUCGCCUCUCCCUCCAAUCCCGCUGUCGCCUCUUCCUCUCACCCCGCGGUCGCCUCCCUCCCAUCCCGCCGUCGCCUCUCCCUCUCAUUCGCCUUCGCAUCUCCCUCUUACCCGCCAUCGCCUCUCCCUCCCAUCCCGUCGUCGCCUCCCACACGCUCUUGAACCUACAAAAGAUGUUAGCGCCGCGCGUCGGCUCGGCUGCCAUGCUCCACUCGCCGUUCCCGCCGCUCGCUGCCGGCCGCCCUCCGGCUGCAGUGGCUGCUGUUUCCGCGCUUCCCGCUGACACCAGGAUGCUACCAUCCGCGUUACACGCUGUACCACGGCAGUUUCCGAUCCGCGAUGUGGGCAGUUUCGCGUCCCAUUGCGUUCCAUUCCCCUGCUCUGCCCUCAACGGCAGCAUGCUCCCUCCUCUCGUCGCCUCUCUCUCAUCUGCCUCUGCCUCAACCGGCGCCCUCCACCCAUUGACAACCAUCCACCCGCCCGCGCCCCAUGAGUCAGCCCUUCAACACGCGCCUCUGUCUGCCUGCAUGCCGUCCACGUGUCACCGACCAUUCUGCCAACCGCGCUUCCACGCCACACGCCAUCCACGGCACUGCACUGCUGCUGGGGCAGGGGGGUCAGGAGGGCAGCAGCAGGGGAGUGUGACGGACGGGGAGCUGCAGGAGCGGGGCAUCGCGGUGCACUGGGACACGGCGCUCCUCGACUACGCCAAGCUCGACGACCUCUUCCACCGCGUCGGCUUCCCCCGCCGCGGCCCCAAGAAGCUGCAGCACGCGCUGGCGCACUCCACCCUCGUGCUCUGGUUCUCCGCCCCUCAACCUUCUCCUGCUGAGCCUCUCGCCUUCUUUUCCUCGCCCACCUCCCCCUCGCCCUCCCCGCCUGAGGCGGCGGUGGAGCCAGUGGCGUUUGCGCGCACGGCGGGGGAUGGCGUGUUCAACGAGGUGGUGUGGGACGUGGCGGUGGACCCGCGCCUGCAGGGCAGCGGGCUGGGCCGCGCCCUCAUGGAGCGCGUGGUGGGCGCGCUGCUGCGCCUGGGCGUGUGCAACGUGGGGCUCUUUGCGGAGCAGCGCGUUGUCACCUUCUACCGCCCGCUGGGGUUUGCCAUGGACCCCGAUGGCAUCCGCUGCAUGGCGCACCGGUCGCAGGAGAAAAAGGGCAAGCGAUGA